AUGUUAAAGAGAAAUUAUACAACAGUCACAGAGUUUAUUUUCCUGGGACUGACAGAUCGAGCAGAGCUUCAGCCUGUGCUCUUUGUGGUAUUCCUACUCAUCUACCUCUGUGGACCCAAUGAGAUCAAUCACUUCUACUGUGCAGACCCACCACUCAUGGUCCUUGCUUGCUCAGAUACCUAUGUGAAAAAAACUGCCAUGUUUGUGGUGGCAGGAUCCAACCUCACCUGUUCCCUCACCAUCAUUCUCAUCUCCUACAUUUUCAUCUUUGCAGCCAUUCUGCGAAUGCGUUCUGCAGAGGGGAGGCGCAAGGCCUUCUCUACUUGUGGGUCCCACCUGACGGCUGUUACCAUCUUUUAUGGAACAUUGUUCUGCAUGCACCUGAGGCCCCCCUCUGAGACAUCUGUAGAACAAGGGAAAAUUGUGGCUGUCUUUUAUAUCUUUGUAAGUCCUAUGUUAAACCCAUUCAUCUAUAGUCUGAGGAAUAAAGAUGUUAAAAAUGCAAUAAGGAAAGUUAUCCAGAAAUGA